AUGCAUAUGGCUCGCUAUGGUCAAGUAGAAUCAUUGAAAAGCGAUAACGGGCCACAGUUUAGCUCAGAAGAAUUUCAAAAAUUUGCUUCUGACUGGAAUUUUAAACAUGUAACAUCUUCACCUGGAUAUAGCCAAUCCAAUGGUUUCAUAGAAAAAAUGGUCUCAAUAGCAAAAAAAUCAAUGAAAAAAUGCCACGAGACCAAAACAGACCCAUAUUUAGCAUUUCUGGAAUAUCGUAACACGCCUUUAAACUGCGGAUAUUCUCCCGCACAACUGUUAAUGGGCAGACGGUUAAAAUCCAUUUUGCCUACAACUAAUGAGCAAUUGAAACCAUCUUUCAUUAACCACAAAUCUGUAAGAAAAUCUCUGCAAGAAAACAAGGUUACGCAAAAGAACUAUUAUGAUAAAAGUUCGAGGUCACUUCCCCCGCUAAACAAAGAUGACUCUUGCAGGGUGCAAUUUGGGAAAACUUGGAAACCAGCCAUAGUUCUAAAAAAAGAAGGGGAGAGAUCAUACAAAGUGCAAACUGAAGAUGGCGCUAUUUACCGCCGUAAUCGCCGCUUCAUAAACAAAACGCGGGAAAAGUUCCCUAUCAAUACAGAGUCCUUCCCUAAUAUCCUCCACCAAGGUCAAGACCCUCAUGAUAUAAUCUCAAACACAGCACCUUUAAAUGAUACAGGUAUUUCCCAGAAUAUUCAAAAUCCUAUUAGCCAUGAAACAAGGUCAGGCACAGGUUAUCAGACGCGCAGUGGUCGAGUAGUAAAACCUAAUAAACGUUAUAAUACCGAUGAAUGGAGCACUGUUAAUUACUCAUCCGGAAUUGAUUGA